CUGCUGCCUGUCACAAUUUCAAAUAUAGCCCGUUACAAAAUACGUUUUAACAAUUCGAAAAAAUCAACAAUCAUAUGAUAAAUAAUGAUUUAAAUUUAUUUACAAAUCUUGUCAAAAUAAUUUAAUUCAAAUGUCACCUAUAAGUGUUUAAAUUGUAAAAAUUGUUGUAAAAUGGAUGAAACACAUUCAAAAAGGCAUGAUAAUUCUGUAAGAAAACGAACUCCCACCAGAAGAGUACCAUCGAAAAUUUUUCGCAAUCCUUUCUUAAACUUUAUGAGAGAUUUUCGUAAGUCUCAUAAAAAAAAUUUAACAGUUACUGAAUUAGUGAGAAGAGGAGCUCAAAUGUGGAGACAGAUGGAUGAAAAACAACGCGCUCAUUACAUUGCGAUGUCCAAAAAUGCACCAAAAACUACAGUUGCCCGAAGGCGGCGUCGAAGACGAAAAGGAAGCCGCAGUAGGAGAAGGACAAAAAGACAUAGAUCACGAUCACGCUCACCCAAACACAGUGAACUAAACGAUGAUGUACAUCAAUUAACCGAAGAUGCAGUAAAGAAUAUGAAUGAAGAACAAGAUACAAGCUCCAAGAGUGAAGAAAAAAAUAUAGAAAGGGAAGGCGGAUCGCAGUUGAGGUUAAAAACUUCCGAUUACGAUGGAAUAAGAAGAGAUUAUAUAUAAUCCCUUUUUGUAAAUUUUAAAAUAAAUAAGUGUUUGUUAAAUAUAAUAUUUAUUUUAACCGAAAUUGUCAAUAAGCAGUACUCAAUUCUAUUGUGAAC